UAAACUUCAGCAGCAGUGUGUCGAUGGAGCAGAAGCUCGCUGAGUUUAGAGCCAGGCGACAGGUUGAAAAGGCGGUGAAAAUGAGUGAAACUGCGGGUCUUCGGUGUCAAGAAGAGACCGCAGCAGAAACAUCCGUUCAGCCUGACAGCAAAGAACCACACAAGACAGAAAACAAACCAACUGCUCCUCACGAGUCCCAAAACCUGGAAAAUAAAGACUGGCUGCUGGAAAGCACAGUGGGGAAAUGGCUGGCUUCGCGACAACUCGUCAUUUCAAACCUUCUUUUGCUCAAAGUGCUUCUGUGGCUGGUUCUUCUGGGUCUGUUUAUUGAGCUGGAGUUCGGCCUGCCCUUCUUCGUCGUCUCUCUUUUUUACUGGCUGUAUGAAGGUCUCCGCAGUCCAGCACCCCGGAAACCCGGAGAACUGAGCGCCUACUCCGUCUUCAACCCAGACUGUCAGCCUCUCCUGGGCUCCCUGACCGCUGAACAGUUGGAGGGCGAGAUGGGUUACAGACCUCUGGCUAACAGAUGAUGUGUUUUGCAGUUUGCACGGUUCAAGUUGAUGAAUCAGUGUUGUUUAACAUUAUUCUUGUAACUUAUGUUUACCACAAUGAAUUAAAACUGGCAUGUGUAUAAGUUG